AUGCCCUUGAGUUUCGACGACUUUGCUGGAUCCAUGGAUGAAGGGGCAAGGAGCCGAAGUGCAGAUAGGGCCAACAGAAGAAAUGAUCUACCAGACCAAGAUAUGAGAGAUGCAGGGCAGAACCAACAGGAUAGCUCACAGGCUGAUCUUAUUGUCCGUUCUUUUACUGACAAAAUCGAGAAACUGCAGAGGGCAAUGAAAAGACAAGAGAAACAGCAGAAGGUUACCAAGGAAUAUGUGCAGACCUUGCAGGAAUCCACAUCCUUUGAGAAGUUCAUGGCGAGUGCCCACCAGCCAGAGGAUGAACAUGUCAAGGCAUUGCAAAGCCUUGGGCUGACACUACCACCGGGAUUAUCGAAUACUAGCCAGGUCAGAAAGGACCAAGCUCUCAAACUAUACUUGGCCAUGGUGAACAAGAUCGCAGAAAAGAAAGUUGAUAGUGACAAAGCAGCAGAAAGGGAACUUAAAGAACAAGCAAAGCUCAGAGAAGCAAUCCGAGCAAAGGACCCCAAAGACCAUUUUGAGAGUGCAGUUAAACAAGCUCUCUCCAACAUAGCCAAAAAACAGGUUGACCCACGGGUUGAUUACACCAAAGCGGCAGCUUCCCGCUGCAACCCGGCUGAAUGCAUUGAUUGGAACAAAAAGGCUGAAAGCAAGAGGAGGUUCACCAAAUCCCAACUUGCCGCCAGGAAAGCACAAGGUUCCAAAGGUAAAGGGAAAACCGAUGGGGCCGGACAGAGUUCCCAACAAAACCAAGCACAGCCACCAACACACAGUAGCAAAUCCAAGGGCAAAGGCAAACAUCAGCAGCCGCAGCAACAACAACAACAACAACAACCAGCCCAACAUAAAGGCAAGGGCAAAGGCAGUAAAGGUGGCAAACAUGCAGGCAAAGGUGGCAGCUACGGCCCAAGCCAAGUUUUUCACAACCUUGGGCCAACAUCAGACAAGCCAAGAAAACACAAAGGAGGAAAGCCUGGAGGGAAGGGCGGAAAGCCCUGA